AGUUCCGUUCAGUCAUGCAUCCUUCUGUGCUCGGAUUCCAGUCUGAGUUCGGGUCGCGCGCGCGCCCUCCCUCCUCCACCUGGCCCGGUCGCGCACUCGCGCAAAGGAGGAGCGCGCGUCGGCAGCGCCAUGAAGUCCGCGGCUCACGUCACGGGCUUCCUUUGCCCGCCGUAACUUGACUCGAGUCCUCCGCGCGUGUUUUUGAAGCGUUUUCUCUCGGGUGGGGACUUUCCCCGGAUGGAGGCGAACUUUGCGCCCCGCAGAGGUUGAUGUCGGGCAGCCCGUCGAACAACGGCGGCGUCCGCACGCUGGCGUCGCCGGAGCGGCGGGUGGAGUUCGUGGCGCUCACCGCCGUGCACGCGGAGCGCAGCGAGCCGUCCACCCCCGAGCGCGGCUUGCCGUCGCACCGCACCGGGCUGCUGGGCACGCCGCUGCCCGGACCGCCGGGCCCCCGGGCGGGCGGCGCGUCCCGGACCGCCAAGCGCUUCCGAAAGCUGCAGAACUACUUGUACAACGUGCUGGAGCGGCCGAGGGGAUGGGCGUUCAUCUACCACGUCUUCAUCUUUCUGCUGGUGUUCAGCUGCUUGGUGCUGUCCGUCUUCUCCACCAUCCCCGAGCACCAGGGCGUCGCCAACCAGGGACUCUUCAUCCUCGAGUUUGUGAUGAUCGUGGUGUUCGGCCUGGAGUACUUCAUCAGGAUCUGGGCGGCCGGCUGCUGUUGCCGAUAUCGCGGCUGGCAGGGACGGCUGCGAUUCGCCCGCAAACCCUUCUGCGUCAUCGACUUCAUCGUGUUUGUGGCGUCGCUAGCGGUGAUCGCGGCGGGCACGCAGGGCAACAUCUUCGCCACGUCGGCGCUGCGCAGCAUGCGCUUCCUGCAGAUCCUGCGCAUGGUGCGCAUGGACCGGCGGGGCGGCACCUGGAAGCUGCUGGGAUCUGUGGUCUACGCUCAUAGCAAGGAGCUGAUCACGGCGUGGUACAUCGGCUUCCUGGUGCUCAUCUUCGCCUCCUUCCUGGUCUACCUGGCCGAGAAGGACAACACUGACUUCAGCAACUAUGCAGACUCCCUCUGGUGGGGCAUUAUAACGUUGACCACCAUCGGUUACGGCGACAAGAUCCCUCGCACGUGGCUGGGUCGUCUCCUGGCUGCCGGCUUUGCUCUCCUGGGCGUCUCCUUCUUUGCCCUGCCCGCUGGAAUUCUGGGCUCGGGUUUUGCCUUGAAGGUACAGGAGCAGCACCGACAGAAGCACUUCGAGAAGAGACGCAUGCCCGCCGCCAACCUCAUACAGGCGGCGUGGCGUCUGUACUCGACUGACGCCAAACACUCGUACCUGACGGCCACCUGGUAUUUCUACGACAGCAUGCUGCCUUCCUUCAGAGAACUGACGCUACUGUUCAGUCACCUCCAGCGGCAGCGGAACGCCACCAAGAGUGCGCCGCCGCCACCGUACAGCGCCAACUACCACCACGCGCCGCUGUCAGGGCUGCGGCCCUACAGCGCCCCCUAUAUGUCGGGGGACAGGAAGCCCAAAGCGCCGCGCAGUCAAGUCCUCGCUAAAAAGCGAGGCCUCUUCCGGAUUCAUGCCGGACGCAAGCAGAGCAGCAAACUCGGCUUCCGGGACAGGAUCCGGAUGAACAGCUCUCGCUCGGCGCAGACGAUCCGGAACAAGGCGUCGCCGCAGCCGCCCGGCCCGCCGGGCGUACGGCGCUCGCCCAGCCAGGAGAACGUCCCCGAGGCGGCCAGCCCCGGGAAGGUGCAGAAGAGCUGGAGCUUCAACGACCGCACUCGCUUCCGGACGUCUCUCCGGCUCAAAGCCCGGCCCCCCGCCGACGCGGAGGGUCUGGGCGAGGACGGCGCGGAGGACAGAGGCUACUGCGACGUGGCCACCGACGAGGUCAUCCCCGCCGUCAAGACGCUCAUCCGAGCCGUCAGGAUUUUGAAGUUCCUGGUGGCCAAGAGGAAGUUCAAGGAAACGCUGCGUCCGUACGACGUGAAGGACGUCAUCGAGCAGUACUCGGCCGGACACUUGGACAUGCUGGGCCGCAUCAAGAGCCUGCAGAUGCGGGUGGACCAGAUCAUCGGGCGAGGCGCCAUCCAGCCCGACAAGAAGGCGCGGCCCGAAAAGGGCGAGAAGACGCCGCCGGACCUCGACCCUCUGGACGAGCUGAGCAUGAUGGGACGCGUGGUCAAAGUGGAGAAACAGAUCCAGUCCAUCGAGAACAAGCUGGACCUGCUGCUCAGCUUGUACUCGCAGUGCCUGAAGCGAGGCUCGUCGUCGCAGCUGGCGCUCGCCGACCUGACGUCGGACUACCACAGCCCCACGGGCCAAAGAGACCUCUUCCCCUCCGCCAACACGCUCUCGCAGUCCGACAGCGCCACGUUGGAGUCCUAGCCAGAAUUGUUGUUUUUAACCCUUCCGGAGGGCUCCGCUGGACUGAGAGCCGCCCAUGCACGCCUCUUGAGGGUCAACGCUAGCUUGCAAAAAUAGGAGUCUCGUUGACUCCCUCGAGGUACAGUGAAUAGAAAUCGCACAACUAUGGU